AUGGCGCACAAACGCGCAUUGGAAGCACUAGACCGAACAUUAAAAGAUCUGCGCAAUGACUCAAGAUGUUUUGCUGGUGCAAUGAUUUUAUUAUCUGUCGAUUUCCGACAAACACUACCAGUCAUUGCAAGAUCUACUACUGCCGACGAAAUAAAAGCUUGCCUCAAAGCAUCAAAUCUGUGGCGAUAUGUAAAGAAACUUCAACUGUGUGUAAAUAUUAGAGUUGCAUUGUUGAACGAUCUAUCUGCUGAUGAUUUCUCGAAGCAAUUGCUGACUAUCGACGAGCUUAUCAACAAAGUAUUCCCGGAUAUCAUUGCUAACCACAGAAAUACUAAAUGGUUCAGUGAGCGAGCAAUUUUGGCCGCUAAAAAUAAAGAUUUAGAUGACCUCAAUUUUAUGAUUCAAAAUCAAAUCGUAGGUUCAUUCAAAUCUAUCGACUGUGUAACAAACGAAGAAGAAGCCACUUAUUAUCCAACUGAAUUUUUAAGCUCCUUGGAUGUGCCUGGUUUACCACCGCACAAUAAAAAACUUAAAGUUGGCUCGGUAGUCAUCAUGCUUUUAAACCAACAAAAAUUGUGUAAUGAAACGCGUUUGGUGAUGAGAAAACUGAUGAGCAAUGUGAUUCAAGCGUCGAUACUUAAAGGAAAAUUUAAAGAUGAGGAAGUUUCUAUUCCAAGGAUUCCGAUGAUCCCAACAGAUAUGCACUUUGAGUUUAAACGAAUUUAA